AUGCACUGGAUGCGUCAAAUAUCAACAAUACACACCUUUAAGAAAGUAAGACAUACGUUUAAAGAAGACACCACCUUCGCAUUACCUAGUGUAUUAGCGAAUGAGGCUCCAUCGGAAGCUGACAAUCCUCCUCCUAGUGCUUAUUCAGGUAGAUCGAUUGGACCUGUUUCAAAUCCCAUUAUAGCUUAUAAACGUCUAGGCUCCAUCCUACAUCAAAAUAAUGUUCGUAAAGAGUUACGUGCAAAUAGAUAUUAUGAAAAGCCUAAUGUCGCAAGAAGAAGAAAGAAUAUUGAACGAAACCGUAAAUUAUUUGGAGCUAUGGUAGGAAAGAAGGUUGCACUUAUUAUGCAAAUGAAGAAUAGAGGCAUUUAA